UCGGAACCAAACUAAUGCUCACCCCUAGCCUCGCACAUACAAAGUACAAACCAUUCUGAAAACCUAUUUUCCUUUAAUAAAAUCCCUUUUCUUUGAUAUCAAUCUUUUGUCUGUAAGAUUAUUUAUUUAUAUUAUUCGAAUUCGACAAAAAUUCGAAACCAAAAUAAGAAUGGAUACUCUUUCAAGUUCAGUGUUCAUCUCCAGAUUCCCGGAAACGUUUCCAUCUUCUUCUUCGUCCACUUCUUCAUCCUCUGUAAUCGACAAUAAGCCAAUUGGGUCUCUUAAAUUCUCUGAAACUUGUCGUUUUCAUGGGUUUCGAGCUCACUGUCUGGCACAUGAGGUAUCGGAAGGUGAGGGAGAAGAUCAGAGACCUUUGAAUAAUGGGUUUGGCUUUGUUUCUGAUGACACCCUCUCAUUUUUUCAGGAUAAUAUAGAGAACAAUAAAAGUAGCAAAAAGGACGUGGAGAAAAUAGUAAAGGUGGAGACACCUCUGGUGGUCCCACAUGGAAGUGGAACCAGAGCUGGUCUUUUUAGAACUCCAAUUUCUGGUGGAGUUCAGAGUGCAACCUCAGCGCAUGGCUUACCUCGACCAGCCUUAGCAGUACGCAAUUUGAUGGAGCAGGCCAGAUUUGCUCAUCUAUGCACUACCAUGUCUCGGAUGCAUCAUAGAAGAGAGGGAUACCCAUUUGGUUCCCUGGUUGACUUUGCACCAGAUUCAGAGGGACAUCCAAUAUUUUCAUUUUCACCCUUGGCUAUCCACACACGAAAUUUGUUAGCAGACCCUAGAUGCACACUUGUUGUGCAGAUACCUGGAUGGAGUGGUUUGUCGAAUGCCAGAGUAACAAUUUUUGGUGAUGUCUACCCACUCCCAGAACAUCAACAGGAGUGGGCUCAUAAACAGUAUGUUGGAAAACAUCAACAAGGGCCUUCACAAAAGUGGGGGAAUUUCUACUACUUCAGGAUGCACAAUAUCAGUGACAUAUAUUUUAUUGGGGGCUUUGGCACUGUUGCUUGGGUUGAUGUUCAGGAAUAUGAGGGCCUUCAGCCUGAUAAAAUAGCAGUUGAUGGAGAGGAGCAAAACCUCAAGGAACUCAAUGCAAUCUUCUCGAAGCCCCUUAAAGAACUUUUAUCCACAGAAACAGAAGUAGACGAUGCUGCUCUGAUAUCAAUAGACAGCAAAGGAACCGAUGUUCGGGUUCGUGAAGGUGCUCAGUUUAACGUGCAGAGGUUAUCUUUUGAAGAAGGGCAUGCUGUUGAAACACUAGAAGAAGCCAAGGCUGCUCUAUGGAAAGUAAUAAAUAAAGGGCGACCGCACGAUUUGAAGAAAUAAAAAUUGGUUUUAUCAUUUCUCUUUAUUCCUCUGAUAAAGCAUUUCUUAAAUAUAAGAAAUUGCGUCGUCUGAAGUUGAUGAUUUCUAGUUAAUUAGGCGGAUUGUUCAGUCUCAAUCUCAGUGUCUCACACAGCAGGACAAGAGUUUGUAACUCUGAAUUUUGUAGAAUUUGCUAAAGCAAAGAUAAGGUAGGGAUUAGCUUACUAUAUGGAGUAGUUUGCCGACUGACAAA